AUGAUCGAACUGGGACCCUCGUCGCAACAGUCAGCUAAACCGCAACUGCACCGAGCUUCAUGUCGUAUCGGCCUGAGUAUAGAACGCUCAUUGAGAGGCACUCGUCUAUCUUCCCACAUAGGUCGACUGUCCAACACUGUUACCACUGUUCAGAGAGGAACACUUAUGGCAGGACAAAAACACCAAAAUUCUGGCACUAAAUCAGCGAUUAUUAAAAAUGGUAGUGUCAUGGUUGCGAAUCCUAACCGGGACGGUCUUCAAAUGAAGUCUAGCGAUGUCCAAAGCACUACUGCGAGUAUUAUGAAGAAGGUUUUCUCAGAAAGAUUAGAUAUAACGCUAUCAGACAACCUUGAAAGCAUAGCAGAAGAGUUAGCUGAUGGAGUGCACCUUUGUGGUUUGAUUAACGCUUUGCGUGCUCGAACUAUUCCAUCUAUUUUUACAUCUUCGGCAGCGGCGUUGACACUUCCGAAAGCAAAGCGUAACAUUAAUAACUUUAUCUUGUCCUGUCGAAAACUUGGUGUUUCCGAGAAAUCUAUCUGUUCAUCUACUGAUAUACUUAAUGGAAGGAACACAGCAAAUGUUGCUAAAACAGUGUUGGCUCUCCACAAACUAUUUCCACAGCGGGAUAAAACUUCUCAUGUGGCCUGUACUUUCGUCGUUGAUAAGCGCAACAUGUCUCAUUUGUGA